AUGUCGGGGGAUCACCCGAUUGGUUCAGACGAACCUGCGACUGAGGGGUUACAUCCGAUUGGAGCUUCAGGGGAACAUCCCCCGCACAGAGAUCUUCGUGACGAACACCUCGCCAUGACCUCGGAGCGCUAUUGGCAGAUAUUCAACGACCCGUGCCUGUCGCCGUCCGACGGCACCCCCGCCGACCCAUCGCCCGUGUCAUCUGAGGCCUUCCACGACCUCACCCAUCAAAUAGGGCGGAACGUCGAGGUCUACAUUGACGACAUGAUCGUGAAGAGCCGUGCGGUGGCAGAUCACCUGACCAACUUGAUUGAAACAUUCGCCACGCUGCGGAGAUACGGUCUACGACUCAACCCGGCAAAGUGUGUUUUCGGUGUCAACUCGGGAAAGUUCCUCGGGUUCAUCGUACACGAAAGAGGAAUCGACGUCAACCCAGAAAUGGUCCAGGUAAUCAUCGAUAUGCAAACCCCUCGGACAAUCAAGGACCUACAGCGACUGAACGGAAGGCUCGCUACCUUGUCUCGGUUUCUAUCCCGAUCGGGUGAUCGUUACCUCCCCUUCUUCCGGGCGUUGAAGAACCCGAAGGACUUCCAAUGGACGGCGCAGUGUGAGGAAGCUUUCAUACAAGUCAAACAACACUUGACCAACCUCCCCCGCCUUGCCUCGGUCUCUUUGGGGGAAAAACUCAGUAUUUACUUGGCUGCCUCCCGGCGCGCGAUCAGCUUCGUCCUGAUCAAAGAAGCCUCCGGUGAACAACUACCGGUCUACUACAUCAGCCAUAUCCUGAAUGGGCCUGAGGAGCGACACCCACCAAUUGAGAAGCUUGCUCUGGUGCUUGUACUUACGGCCCGGAAGCUGCGGCCCGGAAGCUGCGGCCCGGAAGCCCACCCGGUCGAGGUAAUCACCGACCAACCACUCAGACAGGUUUUAUCUAAAUUCGACGUUGCAGGUCGGCUCCUCAAGUGGUCGAUAGAGCUCGGAGAGUUCGACAUACAUUACACACUAAGGAUGGCCAUCAAAGCACAGUCAGUAGCCGACUUAAUCUCAGAACUCGUCCAAAUCGAGGACCAGGUUCCCGGCCAACCCGGGGAAGCGUGGGUCAGACAUGUGGACAGCUCGUCCACCUCGAGUGGUGCCGGCGUGGGACUGGUGCUAUUAGCCCCCGACGGGCGUUCGUUCAAGCACUCCCUCCGCUUCGGGUUUCAAGCAACCAAUAAUGAAGCCGAAUACGAAGCACUCCUAGCAGGACUCAGAUUGUCCCGCGAGAUGCAGGUGGACGCUAUCCAUGUCCUCACCGGCUCGCAGCUGGUAGCUGAGCAACUCAGUGGUGGAUACGAGGCCAAGGAACCGACCAUGGCAAAGUACCUAGCGGUGCCAAGAAGCCAGAACGAGCGAGCCGACGAGCUGACUAAGCUGGCCUCAAAGUCGGACUCCAGAACCCAGCCCGAGAUCGAAAGGCUCCCCUCUCGCGCCAUCUCGGUCUUGGCUGUGUCUUCAGCCGACGCUUGUACCACAUGGGUGCAGGAGAUGCUGUGCUUCAAGCGCAACGGGAUCCUUCCCGCCGACGAGGCUACGGCUCGGCGCAUCCGUCGAACACAGGCAUGGUACUCCGAGGUGAACGGACGACUCUACAAGCGGUCCUUCUUGCACCCAUUACUGCGAUGUCUCGGGCCUGAAGAGGCUCAGAUGGUCCUGGCCGAGAUUCAUGAAGGGAUUUGCGGAGAGCAUAUCGUUGGCCGGACCUUGGCCCACAAAAUACUUCGCCAAGGGUACUACUGGCCCACUAUGUUCCGAGACGCAAGAUCCUAUGUGCAGCGUUACGGCUCGUGCCAGAGGCACACCCGAAUGCCCCGACAGCCGGCGGUUCCACUCGCCCCCAUUGACUAUGCGUGGCCAUUCGCACAAUGGGGAUUGGACCUCCUCGGCCCUUUCCCACCGGCCUCGGGGCAACGGAGAUAUAUCGUCGUGGGAGUAGACUACUUCACCAAGUGGCCUGAGGCCGAGCCGCUAGCAACGAUCACGGAACGACAAGUGGAGAAGUUUGUCUAG